AUGGAUUUCUAUUAUUACCCCAUUUCGUCGCCCUGUCGUGCUGUGCUAAUGACAGCCAAAGCUGUGGGUGUUGAAUUGAAUAAGAAAUUAAUGAGCGUCUUUAAAGGUGAAAAUUUAACACCCGAAUUUUUGAAAAUCAAUCCCCAACACACCAUCCCGACGCUAGUGGAUAAUGGCUUCGCUUUGUGGGAAUCACGUGCCAUUAUGAUCUAUUUGGUUGAGAAAUAUGGCAAGCAGGAUGAUCCCUUGUAUCCCAGCUGCCCUAAGAAACGUGCUCUGAUCAAUCAACGUUUGUAUUUCGAUUGUGGAACUUUCUAUAAAGCAUAUUCCGAUUAUUUUUAUCCACAAAUGAAACAAAAUAAACCAGCUGAUCCGGAGCAGUAUAAGAAAAUCGAGGCGGCUUUGGAAAUGUUCAAUACAUUUUUAUCGAAUUCGAAAUAUGCUGCUGGCGAUAAUCUGACAUUGGCUGAUUUGGCACUAUUGGCUUCGGUCAGUACCAUGGAUGUUUAUGAUAUUGAUGUUAAUAAAUAUGAAAAUGUCGCCCGUUGGUAUGCUUUGGUUAAGGAGACUGCACCUGGUGCCGAUGAAAAUUGGGCUGGCUGUUUGGAGAGGAAGGAAUUCUUUAAAAAUAUGAAGAAAUAA